AUGCUAAGGUCUCCCUUGAGAAAUGCUAUUAAAUAUAGCCCAGUGCGUCUACUGAAAAGUUCCAAUAGGCAUCAUCAACAAUAUGUGCACAUUGCGAAGUGCCAGUACCAUUUGCUUUCCGGUACGAAGAUUGCCAAGUCGAUCAGGGAGGAUGCGUUCCAGGAGAUCACACGGAUCAAAGAGAAGGCGCCUGAAUUUGUGCCAUGUUUGAAGAUUAUCCAAGUGGGAUCUCGUCCAGAUUCUUCGGCGUACGUUCGCAUGAAGUUGAAGGCAUCUGAGGAGUCUGGUGUGAAGUGUAUUGUGGAGAAGCUUCCCGAGGAUAUCGGGGAACUGGAGUUGUUACAAAAGAUCCAGAAGAUUAACGACGAUGACUCUAUUCAUGGGUUGUUGAUCCAACUUCCAUUGCCUAGACAUUUGAACGAGACGGAAAUCACGAAUGCUGUUUCUUACACCAAGGAUGUGGAUGGGUUCCAUCGCUACAACGUUGGGGAAUUGUCCAAGAGAGGUGGUAAGCCUUAUUUCUUGCCAUGCACGCCAAACGGGUGUAUCAGGUUGCUAAAGGAAUCUGGUAUUGACUUGAAGGGAAAACGUGCGGUGGUUAUUGGGAGAUCAGACAUCGUUGGUACUCCGGUUGCUUCUCUAUUGAAGGACCUUAACGCGACGGUCACGAUCUGCCACAGAUACACUGAGAAUAUUGCAGAUGUGGUUAAAAACGCAGACGUUGUUAUUGCGGCUUGUGGUGUGCCCAACAUGGUUAAGCCAGAUUGGUUGAAACAGGAUGCCAUUGUCAUUGACGUUGGUAUCAACUACAUUCCAGAUGCUACCAAGAAAUCCGGUAAAAGAUUGGUUGGUGAUGUCGACUUUGAGGCUUGUAAGGAAAAGGCCUCGUACAUUACCCCGGUUCCAGGUGGAGUGGGUCCUAUGACCGUUGCCAUGCUUGUCCAGAAUGUAGUUUUGGCUGCUAAGAGACAACUGCAAAAUGCCACCAAGUUACCACAAAUCAAGCCAUUACCUUUGAAGUUGGAGACUAAAGUCCCAUCAGAUAUCGAAAUUUCAAGAAAACAAGCUCCCAAGUACAUCAAAACUGUUGCUGAAGAGCUCGGCGUUCAUCACAGCGAAUUAGAGCUUUAUGGCCACUAUAAGGCAAAGUUAUCGCCAAAGAUUAUCAAGAGAUUGGCAGAAAAUGAGGAUGGGAAAUACAUUCUUGUUGCUGGUAUUACACCUACCCCAUUGGGUGAAGGUAAAUCCACCACUACUAUCGGUUUGGUUCAAGCGCUCUCGGCCCAUCUACAAAAACCUUCCAUUGCAAAUGUCAGACAGCCUUCGAUGGGUCCUACAUUCGGUGUUAAAGGUGGUGCAGCAGGUGGUGGUUAUGCCCAAGUCAUUCCAAUGGACGAGUUCAACAUGCAUCUAACCGGUGACAUUCAUGCCAUCGGUGCUGCUAACAACUUGUUGGCAGCUGCUAUUGACACUAGAAUGUUCCACGAAGCCACUCAAAAGAAACACGAAACCUUCUACAAGAGAUUGGUUCCUGUUAAGAAGGGUACAAGAAGCUUCACUCCAUCUAUGCUAAAGAGAUUGGAGAAGUUGGGUAUCAAUAAGACGAACCCAGAUGACUUGACCACCGAGGAAAUUGUCAAAUUCGCCCGUUUGAACAUCGAUCCUGACACUAUCACUAUCAAGAGAGUUGUUGACGUCAACGACAGAAUGCUACGUCAAAUUACCAUUGGCCAAGCCCCAACAGAGAAGGGAUUCACAAGACAAACAGGUUUCGAUAUCACAGUCGCUUCCGAAUUGAUGGCCAUUCUAGCCUUAUCCAAAGACUUGAAAGACCUCAGAGAACGUGUCGGACGUAUUGUUAUUGGUUCAAACUACGACAAGGAACCAAUUACAGUAGAGGAUAUUGGAUGUGGUGGUGCCAUCGCAGCUCUUUUAAAGGAUGCGGUUAAACCAAAUUUGAUGCAAACUCUAGAGGGAACACCAGUUCUGGUCCACGCUGGUCCCUUUGCCAACAUAUCCAUUGGUGCAUCCUCUGUUAUUGCUGACAGAGUGGCUCUAAAGCUUGUUGGUAAACCCAAGAAUGCUGACGAAGGUGUCGAAUCCGGUUAUGUUGUUACGGAAGCUGGAUUUGACUUUACCAUGGGUGGUGAGAGAUUCUUCAACAUCAAGUGCAGAGCUUCAGGGUUAACUCCAAAUGCCGUCGUUUUAGUUGCUACCGUGAGAGCUCUAAAAUUGCAUGGUGGUGCCCCAGACGUCAAGCCAGGCCAGUCAUUACCUGAAGAGUACACACAAGAAAACGUGGAGUUGGUCAAGAACGGAACUGCUAACAUGUGCAAGCAAAUCGAAAACAUUAAACAAUUCGGUAUUCCAGUAGUUGUUGCUGUCAACAGAUUUGAAUCUGACACUGAAGCCGAAAUUGAUGCUAUCAAGGAAGCAGCACAAAAAGCAGGUGCAUUUGACGUUGUUUCCACGAACCACUGGGCCGAAGGUGGUAAGGGUGCCAUCAACUUGGCAAAAUCUGUCAUUGAAGCCUCCAAACAACCUUCAGACUUCAAGUUCCUCUACGAUGUCAACGACACAGUGGAAGAGAAACUUUCAACUAUCGUUACAAAGAUGUACGGUGGUGCCAAGAUUGAGAUCUCCGAAGAAGCUCAAAAGAAAAUUGACAUGUACCGUGAACAAGGGUUUGGUAACCUACCAAUAUGUAUUGCCAAGACUCAGUACUCAUUGUCCCACGAUGCAAAGUUAAAAAACGUUCCAACUGGGUUUACUUUCCCAAUUAGAGACGUUAGAGCAUCCAUCGGUGCCGGAUACUUGUAUGCACUAGCAGCUGAAAUUCAAACGAUUCCGGGUCUAUCAACCCACGCCGGUUACAUGAACGUCGAAAUCGACGAAGACGGUGAAAUUGAAGGUCUAUUCUAG